GGUGGAGUUAAAACGGCCCUGUUAGUAUGAAGCUGAUGAAAUGGGUAGGAGGACACUUCGGUCGUUCGCGUCGUAAGGGAAAGAGAGACGGAGAGAAAGAACAACCAAGAGAAAAUCUUGAAAGAUUAGAACCCCUUUCUCAUGCAAAUUGCUACCCUCAGCAGGUUGUAACACAACUUCCUAGAGGCUGUUACACCCCUCAACUCUUUCCGAGACAUGAAAGGAAAGUACCAAACAUACGUACAAGUUUCCUUGAUCUCGCUGCUGCCCAUGAUGUCAACUCGCCACGCCAACGAUCCCGAAUUCGAACGAACCCUUGGCUAAGCUGCACCCGAAGUUCAAUUUGUGGCUCCGUUGACAGCGGCUGGAGCGGAUCUUCAUUUUCUAGCUCUUCGGAAGCAUCUGACGUAAAAGAGACCAGAAACAGAACCCCAUCUGUGCCCUGGAUUUCAUCGUCAUCCACCAGAAGUGGACGAGACGUCAAUUCACUUACAACCUUGCAGACGUCUUGUCAGACAGGAUGGGACGCAAAAGAACCUUAUCGACUGUAUUCCAAUCCAAAUACAAUUAAAUCCAAUUUUAAAUCUCAGCCAAGUCUCGAACGCGUGAACUACUGGCUUGCCCCACCAGGGCUGACACCUUGUUACAAAUCUGAAGCAAAUGUUUGUACUUUCGAGGUGGAAAACCCAUUCUCUGAAAACUGCCAUUCUUCUGAAGAUAUAUGUAAAAACUCCAUUACCGAAGAGAGUUUUAGCUCUGAUGUCGACAGCGCGUGCGGUACUAGCAUCAGCAUCACACCGCUUUCCGAGACCGUAGCCAACGACGUCAGUGACCUUGCAGAAUCACUGGACGACAAGGUUAAGCGUUUGAUAGUUGAGCGUCAUUUUGUCGAGGAGAAAAUCACUCGGAUCCGCGAAGAAGAACAGUUAGACAAUGAGCAGAAACUGCGACUCCACCAGGAGCUCUUGGAAUAUCGCAGGGACCUGGUAAUGCGUACUUUGAAAGGACUUCGACUUCGUGUUGAGCAACAAAAUGAGCAGUUACGUAGAUCAUUCAGCAAAAACCAAGAACUGAGGACAAAUGAGGCUAAAAUAUGAGUUUGGUUCAAUUUUAUUUUAUUCAUUAUUUCUGUUUUGUUUUAAUCCAGGUCUUAUUUAUUAUACUUGAUACUUUUUCUGAGCACACUGGACAUUGUAAGUGAAGGAAAUGUAGAAAAAAGUUCGAAUGAUUGUUACUUUCUUUGUUUUAGCUAAAGUUUAUCUUCAAUGUCGUUUUUGAUUUAAUUAUUAAUUCAUUGUUUAGCAUUUUUAAAGAAAAGAGAAAAUUUUAUGUAAAUUUUUUUCGUUGCCAGGAAUCAUUGCUGUCCGGAGUAUCGUAACAAAAGGAAAAACGUAUGUUUGUAAAAUUGUCAGCACUAAAAAUAUGUCAGUUUUCAACAGAGGUAUAAUUAUAGAAAAACAAUAAUAAUUAAACAAUAUGGUUAGUAUUUUCACACUGUGGAUCACACAAGCUUAAUAAUAAGGUGGUCUAGAUAUUAAUAUGUCAGUUUUCAACAGAGAUAUGAUUAUAGAAAAACAAUAAUAAUUAAACAAUAUGGUUAGUAUUUUCACACUGUGGAUCACACAAGCUUAAUAAUAAGGUGGUCUAGAUAUCAAUAUGUCAGGCUGAGGACCAUGGGUCCAAGACUAUGAUUUUGUUGAACACGUUUACGCACUCACAGCUGUGGGCGCGUUAUAAGUGCGACAGUCAAUUCUGCUAUUCGACCCAAAGAGCUAGACAAAGCCCUCGUGGCAGCAGGUCUUGUUGGCUUUCUGUCUUCCCUCUGGUCAGUAGCUCAAACUAGAUACAGCUUUUCCCGAAUUUUCGUUGUUUCUAAUUUGGUCGUAUACCCACGUGCACUAAAAAGUACCGAUCAAGUUAAACCACAUUUGUUAAGAGAGAAAAAAAAAAUACUAAAGUUUACGACUUAUUGGUUUAUAUUAGUUACUUUGACCGUGUGUGUUUUCGUGAUAAAAACAGUCAGGUAUCAUGGAGUAUUCUAUCGCUUACCUGUACUUUUAAUUUUAGAAUUCAUUUGAGGUGUUUAUGAGUCAUAUAUUCUUGUUGUACGUUUAUCUAUAAAGCUGUGUUAUUGCUCUGGGCUGCUUCGCCGAAUGCAGCCCAUUGGUGGGAUUUCCGGGCUGCAGAGCCAAGAUUCUCCAGUUCCGUCGUUCGCGUCCUAUUUCAGCCAGAAACAAACAUCACGCUCUACACUUUAAGACCGUUAUUUUCCAGUUUGACAAACGAGAAGACCCAAAGUGGGCGUUGACAGGCGGUGAUUGGCUGCUGACCAUCUAGUCUACUCGUUCAAUAUUAAGGACGGCUAGCGCAGAUAGCCCUCAUGUUGUUAUGUCCGAUACCCAAAGACAAACAAGACAACUGGGCUUCUAGAAAGUACAAGUAACUGAACUGAACAUAGCUCUAUUUACAACUGUUCGGGCGUUUGCCCUUUUCGGAAGGUUAAGCGGACAGCGAUCUCUGCUACCUGGGGAAGAGCAUUCUUUGAACCCUCAACUCCACUCCAGGUUGUUUAGCGGGUAAGCUUGAGGGCUUGUAGGAUAAAAAUCAUGGUUCAGUUCCAGAUAGCCCAUUGUGCAACGUAAAGCAAACGAAUCGUUCAAAACCCCA